UGCGCCGUGUGGUAGUGCGGCGCUCCAGCGGGAGCCUGGCUCCGGGGAGAAUGGCGGCGUGGGCUGGCUGGCUGCCUGGCUGCCUUUUCCGCCGCUGACUCUGUGAGCAGCCGAGGGGGAGAGGAGUGACGCCAGCACCGUGUGUCAUCAGCGGGGCCUGCCGCCGCGGCAACCUCGGCCGCCGAAUCGCAGUGCAGUUGCUGAGGGGGGCGGCGGCCCGUUGCCAUGGAAACCUCCGUCCACAGGCAGGGCAAGAAGCCGCUGCGGGUGAAGGUAAUCACCCUGGGCAGUACUGAGGUGGGCAAGAGCUGUAUUAUCAAGCGAUACUGUGAGAAACGAUUUGUCUCAAAAUACAUGGCGACUAUUGGAAUUGAUUAUGGAGUUACAAAGGUUCAGGUGAGGGAUCGGGAGAUUAAAGUUAACAUCUUUGACAUGGCGGGUCAUCCAUUUUUCUACGAGGUGCGCAAUGAGUUUUACAAAGAUACUCAGGGGGUUAUCCUGGUUUACGAUGUUGGACAUAAAGAAUCCUACAAUGCACUGGAGAACUGGCUUGCUGAGAUGAAGCAGGAGCUUGGACCUCAUGCAAACCUGGAGAACAUUGUUUUUGUUGUCUGUGCUAAUAAGGUGGACUGUGGGAAGCGCCGUGUGAUUGACGAGAGCGAGGGACGGCUCUGGGCUGAGAGCAGGGGAUUCUACUACUUUGAAACCUCAGCACAGUCCGGAGAGGGAAUCAAUGAGAUGUUCCAGACUUUCUUCUCUUUGAUCCUUGACUUGUGUGAGAACGGUAAACGGCCUCAGAGCAGCCUUAGCCUGGGCUUUACCAAAGAGCAGGCUGACACCAUCCGCAGGAUACGGAACAGCAAGGAUAGUUGGGAAAUGCUGGGAAUGAAGCCAGGGGCAUCCAGGGAUGAGGUAAACAAAGCUUAUCGAAAGCUGGCCAUGCUCCUUCACCCAGACAAGUGCCUCGCCCCGGGAAGUGAAGAUGCCUUCAAAGCAGUUGUCAAUGCACGGACUGUGUUACUGAAAAACAUCAAGUAAGAAUAAAGUGACGAUUCUGAAACCAGAUAAGAAGCAUCAUCUCCAUAGGCUGAAUGUUACACUACCUAUACUUGAGAUUUCAGUGGAAGUAAUUACGUUAUUUAAUAUUUGGUGUGCGUGUAGGACAAAUAAACAUGAAUGCUUACAUUGAUUUGCACAAUCAAUCUUCGCUGAUCCAUGGCCUUGUAAUCGGAGGCAAGCAGUAACCAAGUCCUCUGAGGGGGCAGUGGUCUGUGUGGUGAGAUGAAGAACACCUAUCAAAUGGACGUGCUUUUGCAGGGUGGGAUGUUUUCCAGGCCAACACAGGUAGGCUUUGAAAAUGCACUUCACCAAAUACUUCAAGCUGAACUGAUGAAUCUGGGACAUUGGUGCUUGCCAUUCUUUUCAUGUCCAUGCUAAUGAAGUCUGUUCUGACAAUGGUUCAUUGAACUCAGAUAUCUGUAAAUAUCUAUCUGAUGGCAUAAACACUGAUUUCUCCUUCUGGUAAUUUAUUUCCUUUCCCCUUCACUCUUCUUUUAUUCCCCAUUCUGGCCUCUUGCCUGCCUAUCAUCUCUCUCUCUGGUGUCCCUCCUCCUCUUUCUCCCAUAGUCCACUCUCCACUCCAAUCAGAUUCCUUUCUUCUCCAGCACUUUACCUUUCCCACACACUUGGCUUCAUCUAUCACCUAUCAGUUUGUCCUUCUUCCCCAACCCCUCCUUUUUAUUCGGGGAUAUACCCCUUCUUGCCCAGUGUUGAUGAAGGGUCUUGGCCCAAAACAUCGACUGUUCAUGCAUCUCCAUAGAUGCUGUCUGAGCUGCUGAGUUCCUCCAGCAUUCUGUGUGUUCUGGAUUUCCAGUAUAUGUAGAAUCUUUUGUGUUGAUUCAUUUCCAUCGGUGCUGCCUGACCUGCUGAGUUCAUCCAGUAUUUUGUGUGCGUUAUGCUGGAUUUCUAGCAAAGUUCGAAAUACAAUGUAAAAUUAUUAUCAAAGUACAUAUAUGUCAUCAUAUACAAUCCUGAGACAAACAGGCAGUUUUCUCUGGAGCGGUGGAAGCUGAGGGGAGAUCUGAUAGAGGUUUAUAAGAUUAUGAGAGGCGUAGGUGGAGUAAAAAGGCAAUAACUUUUUCCCAGGUUUGAAAUGUCCAAUGCCAGAGGACAUGGAUUUAAGGUGAGAGGAUGUAAUUUCAAAGGAGAUGUGACGGGCAAAUGUUUUACACAGGGAGCAGUGGCUGCCUGGAAUGCGCUGCCUGCAGUGGUGGUAGCAGCAGAUACAUUAGGGACUUUUAAGAGAAGUUUAGAUAGGCACAUGAAUGUGAGGAAAAUGGAAUGAUAUGGACAUUGUGUAGACAGAAUGGAUUAGUCUAGUUGUGUAUCUGAUUACUAAUUGAAUUGGUUUGGCACAAUAUUGCGGGCCAAAGGGCCUUUUCCUGUGCUCUACUGUUCUAUGUUCUAGUUGCCAAUGACAGCUGUAUUCUGUGAUACUUUUGCUUCAGUGUGAUCUGUUUUUCCCUGUAGUUCCCAUUCUGCCACUCUUUUAGGUUGUUCUGAGUUAACAAAACUCAUUGAUUAUUUUUCCCUAUGGGUAUCUUUUUAUGUAUGUGGCAAUAAAUCCAUUCCAUUAACCAACAUUAUUUUAUUGAGUUGGAAUCUUUUGGAGUCUUUUGACCUUGUGUUGCAAUGUCAAGAUUUGAAGAAGACUAAGGAAGGAAGAAGGUCCUUUGGGUGGAGGCUUGAGUUGCGACCCUACACUUUGGAGCAUUGCUGACAACACAAUAAACUGAAGGUAAGAUGUGUUGAGGAACAUUUUGUGGGAUAUAUUGUAUAAUCAGUAGUUCGAAACACAAACUGCUUUGCAUUGUAGAACAACUGGGGAGAAAAUCCAAAAAUCUGAGAUGCAAAGGGACUUGAGAGUCCUUGUGUAGAACACCCUGAAGGUUGGCGAAUGGAACGUUUGAAAGGAUUUUUGGAGAGGAGGCAUUUUACUACUCGGGAUAAAGAGAGGCAAGACUGCACAGGCACAUGACGUCAGUCAGUAGAGAGCAGGAAGAGUUUAAAAAGGCAAGGAUUCUUCAGUGGUUGUAGAUUCGAAGCAAGAAGGCUGCGAGUGGAAUGUCUGAAAGGAUUUUCUGAGAGAAGGCAUUUUACCACUCGCGGUAAAGAGAGGCAAGACUGCACAGGCGCAUGACGUCAACCAGUGGAGAGCAGGAAGAGUUUAAACAGAAGACCACCGUUUAUAGCAGGCAGCGUUUGGAGCGGGCAGCGGAGUGGCAGGGUAGCAGAGUGAGAGGGCUUUGGCGAAGAAGGGUCAAGUUGAAGAACUGAUUUGCGGAGAUUCACAGAUGACGGCCUUCGACUUCCCCAGUGGGCUCUUCUCUUUCUCCCGUGGUCCUCCUCCGCUAAUAUCGGUUGCUCUGUCGUGGCAGGUGAACCCAGACUCAUGCCAAGCUCCUCCUGUGCCAUGUGGGAAAUCAGGGAGGCUGACAGUGUCCCUGAAGACUACAUGUGCAGGAAGUGUGUCCAGCUGCAGCUCCUGAUAGACCAUAUGGUGACACUGAAGCUGUGCAUGGACUCACUUUGGAGCAUCUGAGAUGCUGAGAAUAUUGUGUAUGGCACAUUUAGUGAGUUGGUCACACCGCAGUUUAAGGAUCUAAGGAAAGAUAGGGAAUGGGUGACCAACAGGAAGAGUAGUAGCAGGAAGGUAGUACAGGAAACUCCUGUGGCCAUCUCCCUCCAAGACAGAUAUACCAGUUUGGAGACAAUGGGGGGAGAUGGCUCAUCAGGUGAAGGCAGCAGUAGCAGUGAUCAUGGCACCGUGGGUGGCUCUGCUACACAUGAGGGCAAGAAAAAGAGUGGCGGAGCUGUGUGGUAGCGGAUUCCAUGGUAAGGGGAAUAGAGAGGAGCUUCUGUGGCUGCAAAUGGGACUCCCGUAUGGUGUGUUGCCUCCCAGGUGCAAGGGUCAGAGAUGUCUUGGAGAGGCUUCAGGGCAUUCUGAAAGGGAAGGAUGAGCAGCCAGCUGUCGUGGUGCAUGUAGGGACUAACGAUAUAGGAAGAAAGCGGGAUGAGGUCCUACAAGCUGAAUUUAGGGAGCUAGGAGAUAAAGAGUAGGACCUCAAAGGUACAGUCUUUGAGUGUUUUGGAGAAAGUUAGAAAGAUGGUUAAAGAGAAUCGGGCAAUGGACAUUAUGUGGACCUGGGUAAAGCAUUUGACAUGGUUGCUCCUGGCGGGCUGAUUCAGAAAGUUAAAUUGCAUGAACCUUGUACUGAGUUGGUGGGUAGAAUUUGUUUGGUCAUAGAAGACAGUAGUCAUGGAGAGAAAGUUAGACCACCUGGAUUCAGGGCCCUUCCGUCUACCUUGUCCAUCCCAAUCAGCUUGCCUUUCUGAGCUCGCCUUCUGCAUUUAGCCCAAACCACUCUAAAUGUAAGACCAUCACCAGCUUCAAUCAGCCCAGCUGUAGAGCCUCAGAAUGCAGCCAUGAAUGAGGUAAUGAGUUAAGCCAAUUCUUCAAUAGGUUUGAUGAUUGCCCUCCUGUUCCCACCUGACACCAGUCUAGGUGCGAGACACCCAAUGUUCCAUCAGCACCAAAGCCUCCCCUCCUCCCUCCUCCCCCCUCCAGUUCAACAUAUGGAUGAACUGUCUACAUACCCUCCUUGCCCUGAUCAUCCACACCUCCUCAUAUUGUCCCGUUCUUCACCUCACCCAGCCCCCGCCUUCCACCUACUCCCCAGUCAUCAUGGACUCACCUUCACUACUGAGCAGGUGAGAAGGGCUCUGGGCAAACUCAGACAUGGUAAAGCAUUGAGACCAGAUGGUGUGAACCCCAAGGUCCUGAAAGAGUGUGCUGAGCAGCUGUGUGGAGUUCUCCAGCACAUUUUCAAAUUGAGUCUCAGCCUGGAAAAGGUCCCAACUGUGAAAAACAUUAUCUGUGGACCCAGUACUCAAGAAGACCCAAAAGUCUUGAAUGACUACCAUCUAGAGGCUCUGACCUCACACACUAUGAAGACCCUAGAGAAGGUGGUCCUGGCUCACCUCCAACCCUCAAUCAGCCCUCGAUCCCCUGCAAUUUACCUAUAGGAACACAUUGAAGUCAACGAUGCUGUCGUCUACCUGCUGAACAGAGCUUACUCAUAUAUGGAUAAACAGGGCAGAACUGUGAGGAUCUUCUUUCUCGAGUGCUUUCGAUACCAUAUAGCCCUAAUUGCUGGGGGAAAAGCUCUGUUCAAUGCAGGUUGGCAUUUCCAUUGUAUCCUGGAUAAUGGGUAACCUGACUGGCAGACCACAGUUCAAGCAGCUCUUCAGAGCUGUGUAUCAUACAUGGCUAUAAGCAGUACGGGGAACUUACAAGGGACUGUAUUGGCUCCCUUCCUGUCUCUUUAUACCUCGGACUUUAGAUAGAACACUGAGUCACGUAAUUCUCUGAUGACUCAGCAAUAGUUGGUGUAUAAAGGAAGGACAGGAGGAUGAAUACAGGGCCCUGGUGGAGGACUUUGUCAAAUAGUGCAAGCUGAAUCACCUGCAGCUCAACAUUAGGAAGACAAUUGUGAUGGACUUCAGGAAAACUAAGACUGCACUGCUCCCUGUGACUAUUGAUGGUGAGGACGUCAAUGUAGUGAGGACCUACACCAGGAUGACAGACUUAAGAUAAGAACCAAUACAAAGGCUGUAAACAAGAAGGGUCGGAGUUGCCUCUACUUCCUGUGAGACUGAGGUACUUUGGAGUAUGUAGGCCUCUCCUUCUGUUGUCGCCAGUAUAAUCUUUUAUGCUGUGGUAUGCUGGAGCAAUGGCAUGAACAUGGGUGAUGUCAACAAGCUCACUAAACUGAUUAGAAAUGCUAGCUCUGUUAUAGGAGUCAAACUGGACACACUGGAGUAUCUGGUAGAACAAAGGACUCUCCAGAAAAUCCUGGCAAUUCUGGACAGUGUUUCUCACCCCCUGCGUGCCACCUUGGCUGAACAGAGGAGUACUUUCAGAAAUAGACUAAGACAACAGCACUGCUCCAAAGAGUGUUAUAUAUGGUCAUUCUUAACCUUGGCCCUUAGGCUCUAUACUCAGUCAACUUGUAACCGGGAAAGUAAUGGCCCCCUCCCCAGUUAAACUGUUUGAGGUAACUUAUUUUUUAUUCUUUCUUAUUUCUAUUUGAAUAUUUGUAAAUCUGUGCACUUGUAAUGCUACUGUGACACUGUAAUUUCAUUUGGGAUCAAUAAAAUAUCUAUCUAUCUAAGACUUUCCUAUCCAUGUACCUGUCCAAGUGACUUUUAAACACUGUAAUUGCACCUGUCUCUACUACUCCCUCGCUUCGCCUUCUCUCUGCACCUCUGUGUGAAGAGAGAAAUGUUGCUCCUCAGGUCCCCUUUCCUCUAAAUCUUUCCCCUCAUACCUUAAACCCAUGUUUUCUAAUUUUUGAUUUCUACCCUGGGAAAGCACUGUACCUAUUCAUCUUACCUGUACCCCUCUGUAAAGUCAGUCCUCAGACUCCAGCACCCCAAGAAUUAAAGGCACCAGCCUAUCUAGUCUCCCUUUAUAACUUCAGCAACAUCCUUGUGAAUCUAUUUUGCAAUCUUUUUGGCUUAAUAUGAAAUCUGAAAGCAAGCUAGCAAAUAAUGUCGAAGUGGAUAGUAAAGGUUUUUUCAAGUAUGUUAAAAAUAAAGGAGAAAUGAGAAAGUAGGUUAUAGCUGGGAAUUUAAUGCUCAAGGAUACACAGAGUAUGAAAAGGACAGGCAGGAAGGCAGAGAGGGUAGCGUUGCUCGAGAAACAUAGGUUAUUAUCAGUCCAAAGCCACUCUUUGCCUUCUGUGGGCAAGCCAAUUCUGGAUCCACAGAGCAAUGUCCCCUUAGAUCCCCUGCCUCCUUACUUUCUCAAUAAGCAAGGAGUACUUUAUAAAAUGCCUUGCUGAAAUCCAUAUACACUACAUCUACUGCUCUACCUUCAUCAAUGUGUUUAGUCACAUCCCCAAAUAAUUCAAUCAGGCUCGUAAGGCAAGAUCUGCCUUUGACAAAGUCAUACUGACUAUUCCUAAUCAUAUUAUGCUUCUCCAAAUGCUCAUAAAUCCUGCCUCUCAGGAUCUUUUCCAUCAACUUACCCACCACUGAAGUAAGACUCACUGGUCUAUAAUUUCUUGGGCUAUCUCUACUCCCUUUUUUGAAUAAGGGAACAACAUCUGCAACCCUCCAAUCCUCCGGAACCUCUCCCGUCUCCAUUGAUGAUGCAAAGAUCAGCAAUCUCCUCCCUCGCCUCCCACAGUAGCCUGGAGUAUAUCUCGUCCAGUUCCAGUGACUUGUCCAUCAAGUUGCUUUCCAAAAGCUCCAUCACACCCUCUUUCUAAUGUCUAUAUGCUCAAGCUUUUCAGUCCGCUGUAAGUCAUCCCUACAUUCGCCAAGGUCCUUUUCCGUAGUGAAUACUGAAGCAAAGUAUUCAUUAAGUACCUCCGCUAUCUCCUCUGGUUCCAUACACACUUUUUCACUGUCACACUUGAUUGGUCCUAUUCUUUCACGUCUUGUCCACUUGCUCCUCACAUACUUGCAGAAUGCCUUGGGGUUUUCCUUAAUCCUGCUGGCCAAGGCCUUCUCAUGGCUCCUUUGGUUCUCCUAAUUUCAUUCUUAAGCUCCUUCCUGCUAGCCUUAAAAUAUCAGGAGGGAGGAGAAGAUGGCGGCGCGAUGCUCCGGUGGUGAUAUCUGUUAUCU